CAAUCUUUUCUGUUUCAUGCUGCGAUUUGCGUUUUAUGUACCGGCGAGCUAAGUGUUAAUCCUUGAACAUUUCAUUUUCACCUCUUCGUGUAAUUGGUCUUGCUUCAAAUUCAAAUUUCCAUACCUUGAUAGCGAUGUCAAAUUCCAUUUUCCAAAUAUCAAGUGUUAAACUAUUGAAACGGGCGUUUGCUCAAACAUAUAUUCUCCCCAGAUUUUAUAGAAAAAACUUUCUUCGCCGAAUUCCAAUUGCAGUUCAUAAUGUUUCUACGGAAAAUGAUUUAAUUCCUCCCAUACGGGAAAAAGAUUUCUCUCCGCAAAAGAGUGUCAUUGCUUCUUCAGACGCACUCAGAUCUCUUUCAAUCCCUGAUGAAAAACGGGAGGAAAUCCUUAUUCCACCAUAUGAAAAAAUACAGAAAAAUGACGCACGUUUCACGAAAAUAUUAACAGUGAUGAAAAACAGGAAAAUGCGAGAGAGAUCAGGAAAAAUUCUGAUAGAAGGAAAGCGUUUGAUAAAUGAUGCUUUGCAAGCAGGUGUGAAGCUGCAAGCUCUUUAUUUUAGCAGAGAAAAGGAUCUGGCUGAGAUAAAGCUGAGAACACUAGAAAAUGUUGAGAUUUGUAAAGUGCUCUACAAAACCUUAAAAGUCUGGUCGGCACUCACUACUUGUCCUGGAGUUAUGGGUGUUUUUAAGCGACCAACUUUGGAGGAGCUAAAUGUGUUAUCAGAGCCUUCUAUUCCUGUGACUGUGGUUUGUGACAAUAUCAGGGACCCAGGAAAUUUGGGAUCUAUCAUACGAAAUAGUGCUGCUGCGGGCUGUGAACGGCUUUUAUUAAUGAAAGGUUGUGUUGACCCUUGGGAGAUUAAAGUUCUUCGAGCAGGCUGCGGUGGACAGUUUCGCAUCCCCAUCAUUUAUGACCUUGAGUGGACACACAUCAACAACUAUCUCUCCAAAGAAUCAACAAUAUUUGUUGCUGAUAAUGCUGCAGACAUUGAUGAACAAAGCUAUUCUUCAGAUUUUAUUAAUUUUGAUGAAAGCGCUGAAUCUGAAGAAGAAACAAAAUAUAUUACCAUUAAUGAACAGAAAUCACCAAUUCAGGUUGAUGAAACAUAUACUAUCCGCUCCGAGCUUGAGAAGUAUCAAGAGCUUCACGUACCUUGUCAUUUGUACUCUAGCAUGAAAUUUCCAAAAAAGGACAUAGUGCUUUAUGUGGGCGGAGAAACUCAUGGCAUUGAUUCAAGAGUAACAAAACUGAUAUGUGAUUACGGAGGGAAUAAAAUCAAAAUACCUCUAGAAAAUGGUAUGGAAAGCUUAAACUCUUCGUUUGCGAUGACUAUUGUGUUAUAUGAAAUUAAACGGCAAAUUAAAGAAAUUUAUGUAACUAAAGAAUAA